UUUUGAAACUAAUGGAGCAGACAGUCUACAAUCUUAUUAAGAAAUAUGGAGGGGAAUACCUCUACGGAUUCGACAAAGACCAACUUGAAUUUAACCUCAUUGGAGGCAAAGUUUCCCUUAAAGUAGUUAAUUUAAGAGCAGAGAAGAUUUAAUGAGCUUCUAGCGGAAAAUGGGAUUCCAAUGUGGGUCAAAUCGGGCAUGCUGACUAAUUUCAACUGUAAUAUUAGCACACUGAAUUUGAUCCAUGAAUUUACCACAAAGAGAUUUACGUCUAAGAAAUUACAGUCAGAGAAAGCUUCGAUUGAAGUCACAGUUGAUGAAAUCUUGGUUGUGCUAGGGCCUUCAAGAGCUCAUUAUUCGACAGAGGACGAUUUUGAUUGGGAUAGAGAACCCGAGAGAACUUAUGUAAGCAUUGAAGAAAGACGCAGAAAAGUCAAGCGUAAAAAGAAGAAGGAGGAGGGUAAAGCAUCCGAAUCAAAAACACUUCCCACAGAUGCUAAUACCACUAGUCCAGAGUCUAUCAAAACUGCAAUCGAGAUGUUCAUGAACUUGGUUUCUAUAAACGUUAACAAAAUUCAUAUCAGGUUUGAAAAUGAUGACUUCUGAUAUUAUGAUGGCAGCUCUAGGGACCCAAGUUUUACCCCUUAUGCGUUUGGAAUAGUUAUGAAUUCUCUGAACAUUAAUAGUCCAAUUACUAAUAACAGGAAGACGCAGAUCCAGUUCCAGUCAGUGAUGGAUCUCAAUUAUCAGGAAGUAUACCCUGAUGAUGAUACAAACCUCUUUGUGAAGCACAUUUUACUCCAAGAUAUUGCAGUUUAUUGGAACAGUGAUGAAGAAGUCUAUAUUCCAAUGGAGACUGAGGAGAAGACUCUGGCCAUGGACCAGAAAAUAUUUGAUCAUCAAUACCUUGAGCCUGAGGAGUUCAGAGUUCUAAUGAUCCAACCUUUUAAAGGAAUUAGAUCUUACAUGGAAGAGGGAAAAUUAUCAAGAAGAAUUGAUAGAAAUGUACAUUUUAAUUACUUUAUCAAUCCUUUUACUGUUGAGGUCAAUAUGAGUUAUUACAGAUUGGCUGAUAAAGACGUGAAAAAGCAUAAAUACCCAAGAUUUCAGCUAAUUGCCCUAGUAUCUGCACUAAGAUUAACCAUUAGGCCGAGACUAAUAGAUGAUUUAAGGAAUUUUAUGGAAUACAUGCAGUAUCAGAUGAUGCUUCCCUUCCUGCAGAGAUACAAACCAAGGAGGAGACCCCUUUCACCAAGCAUAUAUCCUGAUUCUCACAAGUAUAGAACAGUUCGAAGACAAAUUGUUAAAGAUUGGUUUGCAUAUGUAAUUUGGGCAAAUCGUCUAAAAAGAGUACUUAGAAAUGAUGUUUGUCCAGAACUCUUCGAAGAAGAGAUCGAGCUAAAUCACCAUAAAUACGAUAAAGCUUUAGCUAAACUCAGGAAUCCUAGAGAUAAUCUUUUCUUGGGUAGAAACCUUAAGAGAGAUAGAGGCCACGAUAUAGGCCAUCUUAACUCCAUGGUCGCUCCUGUCAUUGAUGAGAUUCAUGAGAGAAAGCAAUUCGAGCAGUCUAAGGUGAACAAUGAGUUUUUCAGAAACUUUUUACAGAAAUUUUUGAUUGAAUUAAAAGUUCAAUCUGUUGAAGCUGAGUUGUUCUCAGAUGAUUCAGAUAGGUAUUCGCAAAGAGAGAAAAUCCCAACUCUUAAGCUCUUUCUAGGAAGGCUCAGGGUUGCUGCCAACAUCGAUGAUUCAAUGUUGACAUCUAACAUCAUGCUUGAAGAUAUGAAAGUCUUAGACACUCUUGUGCUCAAUAACCAAAGAAGGGAUCGGGACACAAGUGAGACUCUUAUGACGAAUAAUGGGCAGUUCCUAGAUGAAGAAAUCAGUGGCUUUUUCAGGAAACAUAGAGAGGAAAACUCUAUAUUCAUGCCUCCAGAUUACGAUGUGUAUGACGGCCAAUACUCUAGAGUUGCAAAUGAUGAAGAAGGCAAAAUGUUUGAUGAUAAAUUGAUGACCGACAGGGAUAGAAGUAUCCAUACUACCAGAGAUCUAGACGCGGAUACCUUCUUUGGCUUUGACAAAGAAGGAAGAAGUACUUCCCAGAAGAAUAAGGAAGACUCCAGAUUCAAUUUUGAAGGAUUCUGGAGAAAUAAGCUAGGAAAAUUGAUCGGUAUGGGAGAUGAGAAAAAGAAGGCAAACCCUGAAAGAAAGAAGGAACUAUUUGAGUCUCAUAAUAAAGAAUAUGAAGAUGAUAAUGGGAACCAAAUUUUGGAAAGAUGCUGAGUCCUAGCUGAAGGCGACCCUGUAUUCUUAGAUAUGAAGACAGUAGUGAAUUUGUUCCCAGAGAAAAAUGAGAAAACCGCGAUAGAUCUCAAUUUGAUUCUACAUAAUUUCAGAAUAGAGUAUUCUAAUGAUCUAGUCAGGAAUUUAGCGGAGAUAAUGCUGACAUAUAACAAAGCUUCUACACUUGGAGAUUAUGCUAUUGCCUCUAGUCCUGAUGCAUUUGAGCGAAAAAUUGAGCUUUGGACUCCAUGGUAUUUGAUCAGACAAGCUUUCUUCCUGCCAGAGUUUGACCCACAUGGAGAAAGAGCAACUGUAACAACGAAUAAAUAUAUCGAGAAAGAAACUCAAAAAUUAGCAUCCGAAAAUAGUGCAAAAUAAGAUGAAGGCAACCCAGAGAGCCAUUGCCAAGCUUGACAAAAGCAUCAGAAAUAUAGACCUAAAGGCAAAAAUCUUAAUUGAAGGAAUCUACCUUUCUUUGAAUGCCAACCAUAACACAAAGAGAUAUAGGCAAAAUAGGAACUUGCUCCAGAUGAGAACUGAACCAUUCGAGAUAUUAUUUGUAAAGCAUGGGAAGAAGUUUGGAGCCUCUGUGCUUGGAGUGCAGAUGAUGUCCCAAAGCUCAUUCGAGCUUUUGUUCCAGUUUGCACUACAAAUGCAGAAAGAACUUUCCAUCUUCACAGAGCAUCCUGCUCUCAAGGAUGGUAAGAAGUAUUAUGAAGAUAUCGUUCAUAACAGAGUUCAUGAAUCCAAUAGAAAAACCAGAGGAGGAUUAGGAAGUGGACUGGGCGGAAUCAACGAGUCUACCAUUAGAAGGAGUGGAGGAAAUUCCUUCUUCUCCACCAACCCAAGAUUCUCAGCAAUCGGCUCUAUGAAAGGGAGACCAGGAGAUAGUACAUUUGCGUUUGGGAGUUCAAAACCGCUGGUUUCUAAACCAAGGAAUACCUCAAAUCUUGAUUUUGAUGCAAUCCAGCGUGUAAGAAGGACUGGGCAAGAAACCAAAGGCAGAGGAUUUGAAAGGAAUAAACCAGUCAUUGAAUACCAAGUGGAAGAAAAAGAAUUUGAUGAAGAAUUUAGCCUAAAUGAUACAGAUGAAGACGCAAGAAUUGGAAGAGCCAAGGUAAGGCUCUCAGGCGAGAAACCAUCUAACAAGGCAAGAACUAUGGUUGAGAGGCCAGAAGAGUUUAGACCAACUCAGGAUAGAUUUGAUAGAGAUCAACAGAGAGAAGUAGAAAGAAGGACUUAUCAAGAAUUGGGUGGUGGAAUACCUGAGCCUAGACAAGCUCCCUCUGCUGCUCCUAGGACUGGGCCAUCUAGGAGAAACAGAGGACCUGGUACCGAAGUAUCUGGUCAUAGGAAUUAUAGAGACCAAUAUGAUGAUUUUGAAGAGGAGUAUGUUGAGGAUGAUUACAUGCCUCCAAACAGAAGAAAGACAUACCAGGAGCCAUUUGAAUAUGACAAUCCUAGAUAUUAUUAAUUUUCGAAUCUA